UCCUCUGUCUUAACAUCGUAGACCGGAAAGAGGAAGGUCCUUUCCCCCGCAGACUCCAACAUGGCACGAGGACCGAAGAAGCACCUGAAGCGCGUUGCGGCGCCCAAGCAUUGGAUGCUUGAUAAGCUCACCGGAGUGUUCGCCCCUCGCCCCUCCACCGGCCCCCACAAGCUGAGGGAGUGUCUCCCCCUCAUCAUCUUCCUGAGGAACCGUCUGAAGUACGCCCUCACCGGAGACGAGGUCAAGAAGAUCUGCAUGCAGAGGUUCAUCAAGAUCGACGGAAAAGUCCGCACCGACAUCAACUACCCCACCGGCUUCAUGGACGUGAUCAGCAUUGAGAAGACAGGAGAGCACUUCCGUCUCAUCUACGACGUCAAGGGUCGCUUCGCCGUGCACCGCAUCACCGCCGAGGAGGCCAAGUACAAGCUGUGCAAGGUGAAGAAGAUCAUGGUGGGCACCAAGGGUGUGCCCAGCCUGGUGACCCACGACGCCCGCACCAUCCGCUACCCCGACCCCCUGAUCAAGGUCAACGACACGGUGCGCAUCGACCUGGAGACCGGCAAGAUCACCGAGUUCAUCAAGUUUGACACCAGUAACCUGUGCAUGGUGAUUGGAGGAGCUAAUCUGGGGCGUAUCGGUAUGAUCACCAACAGAGAGAGGCACCCUGGCUCGUUUGACGUGGUCCACGUCAAGGACAGCACCGGGAACAACUUCGCCACCAGGCUCUCCAACAUCUUCGUCAUCGGCAAGGGUAACAAGCCCUGGGUGUCAGUGCCCCGGGGUAAGGGCAUCCGUCUCACCAUCGCUGAGGAGAGGGACAAGAGGAUCGCUGCCAAGGCCGGCAGCAGCUAGACCCAGGCCCCCUGGACGCCCAGGGUUUCUGGAUUUGAAUAAAAACACGUUAUUUACAACAAAAUCAA